GUCAGACGAGGAGAAACUUUGCAGCACUCAAGACUCGGGCACAUUUUUGGCGAACCUUCUCCAUCUUCUCCGAACCGGAGGUUCUGUUGACUGGCAGCCGCCGUCGGGAUCCGAGUCAUGGCCGAGAAGCGGCGCUCGCCGUGCGCGCUCAGCGUCAAGGCGCACGCCUUCUCGGUGGAGGCGCUCAUCGGGGCCGAGAAGCGGCGCCGGACGGCCGGGGAAGGCGCUACGCCGCCCGCCAGCCCGGAGCCGGACCCCGAACCUCGGCAGGCGGAAUACGCCAGCGACGGAUCCCAGAGCGAGGACGCCCUGGCGGAAAGCCCGCAGCCCGCAACCCUUCGCCGGGACGCCGGCGAGCAGGAGCCGCGCGUGGACCUGCAGGGAUCCGACUUGUGGAAACGCUUCCACGAGAUCGGCACCGAGAUGAUCAUAACAAAGGCCGGGAGGCGGAUGUUCCCUGCCAUGCGUGUGAAAAUGUCCGCUUUGGACCCGCAUCAGCAGUAUUACAUCGCCAUGGAUAUCGUCCCCGUCGACAACAAACGAUAUCGGUACGUGUACCACAGCUCCAAGUGGAUGGUGGCGGGCAACGCCGACUCGCCGGUGCCGCCCCGGGUCUACAUCCACCCGGACUCGCCAGCCUCAGGGGAGACGUGGAUGCGGCAGGUGGUCAGCUUCGACAAGCUCAAGCUCACCAACAACGAACUGGACGACCAGGGACAUAUAAUCCUACACUCCAUGCACAAGUACCAGCCGCGGGUACACGUGAUCCGCAAGGAGUACGGCGACGAGUUGUCCCCGGUCAAGGCCGUGCCCGCCGGGGAGGGCACGCGCACCUUCUCCUUCCCUGAGACCGUCUUCACCACCGUCACCGCGUACCAGAACCAGCAGAUAACCAGGCUGAAAAUCGACAGAAACCCUUUUGCCAAAGGAUUCAGAGACUCUGGAAGGAAUCGGAUGGGCCUGGAGGCCCUGGUGGAGUCGUACGCCUUCUGGCGGCCGUCUUUGCGGACGCUGACCUUCGAGGACAUCCCCGGUAUGGCCAAACAAGGAAUCCCAGGAUCCCACGGGGGUGUCGGGGCAUCACCCCACUUGCUCUCGCCCUCGCCGUGCUCGUCGCCCUUCCAGGUGUGCCCCCUGAGCCCGAGCGACUUCACCUGCAGCCGCCCGGCCCUCCCCCUCCACCGCUACGCCACGCCUCCGGAAACCUUCCCGCCGCCCCGGGGCCCGGUGUCCUUUGAGGGGGACCCCUUUUCCGGCCUCCCGCUCCCCACGUCGCAACUGGGCUACCUAUCUGGCCACGCCCCGCAGGGUUACGCCGGGCUCCGCCUUCACACGCCUCCCUACGGCCUGUACGGCUACACCUUCCCGCCGUCGCCCCGCCUGGCCUCCAGCCCGGACAAAAUGAGCGGCGCCGCUAACCAUCAGAGCUCCCCGCUGGGCUCGUCACCUAGCGGGACCCAAACUGACAGCCUCGGCGUGCUCGCCGCCGGACAGCAGGGUUUCGUGUUCGACUCUCGGACCUUGGGGCUAGCGGGGAGCUCGUUGGGGAGCGGAAGCUCGCAAGUCGCCGCCCACCUGGGGUGAAACUGGUCACCGAAACAUUCAUCGAGAAUGACGCUCAGGGGUCAGGAACGCUUCAAACGUCAGAUGAAGAGGGUGUCCUGACAAGGGUGAGCCUGAGAGUAUCACAGGUGAUCUCCGGCCGAGAGACGACGUGGACCAUGGACUGGUUGCUACCGGGUCGCAGUCGAAUGACGCCAUCGCGUGAUGAUAAAACAUCCAUCCGUCUUCUGUCACGCUUAUCCUCAUUGGGGUGAGUUCAAGCAUGUCUCAACUGGUUGAGACCGGACUCCACCCUGGACUGGUCCAGAGCCGUUCGCGGUGACAAUACAACAAUUGGGGUGAAAACUGGAAGUUGUCAUGGAAGGAGCAUUGAAGGGAGCACUUUGUUGUUGUUGCUUGGGAGGAGACGCAAAACUUUGCUUCCUUUUCGACGGACAAGAUCCCGUAUUCCACAAUAUUUUAUAUAUACAUAUAUUUCUUUUUAAGUGACAAGCAUCGAAUGAGCCAUCUUUCAAGCCGGUCUGACACAGCAGAACAAAGUGCCCAAUUCCAAUUCAACCCCCGUUAUCUCAUUUUACUUGUAUUUAUUUUGUCAAUUUCAAAUGAUACAUACCAUACCUCGUAUGGCUGCCUGAAACACGUGUACACGCAUAAACGGCGCGUCUUGUUCUGUAAGCGGCAACAAAAAGCGAGCAAAUGACAAUACAUCCAUCCAUCCAUCCAUUUUCUUCACCGCUUAUCCUCGCGAGGGUCAGAGGGAGUGCUGGAGCCUAUCCAAGCUGUCAAGGGGCAGGAGGCAGGGUACACCCUGAACUGGUCGCCAGCCAAUCGCAGGGCACACGGAGACAAACAGCCACAAUCACACCGAGGGGCAAUUUAGAGUGUCCAACUAAUGUUGCAUGUUUUUGGGAUGUGGGAGGAAACCGGAGUGGGCGGAGGAAACCCACGCAGGCACGGGGAAAACAUACAAACUCCACACAGGCGGGGCCGGGAUCUAACCCGGGUCCUCACAACUGCAUGGCCAACAGAGCAAAACAAAAGUAAUUAAGUGCGAAACCUGGAAAAGAAUCCCACGAAUAAGCAGGGGUUUCCGUGAAUAAAGGCCGAUAGGUCCCACCCCCCCCCAAAAAAAAAACAAAUAUCCACCAAUGAUGCCAGGGUCCACAGGUUAAGCAUCUAAUGUACCAAAUUUAGAACAUAUUUAAUGGUCCUUAUGUUGUAGUUUGGAUUUGUGUUAUGCGGGCAGACGCAGGUGCGCAUCUGUCACCGCCGACGUCGAGCUGGCAUUGACGUGCGGCUAUGUGACACCUGCGCGCGUUACGCUUGCAAAUCCCUCACGUAUCAGAUUUGAAGCCGCAUUUGGAACGCGCCCGAUUCCCAUGUGAGGAGAUCCGAUCCCGCGCGGUCACACUUCCGCGACGCGUUCUGCAUCCCGACUGCGCCGCUCGUGUUUCAGCCGCUGCGCCGAGCAUUCCGGUGAUGUCAAGUUCGCGGCGACAAUUUCCCCAUCUAUGAGUUUCUCCUGGGCUACCACGAAGACAACUGUAGUUGUAUCGCUUGAAUCAUACAGCGCCAAUCCAGCACACAUCAAAUCAAACUAUUUGCAUUAAUCAGAAGGUCGAUAGUAUGCGUUGUACGCCGGACUUGGACAAACAAAGCAGCUGCUUGUACGUCUUUUCACACUGCGUGUGUAUAGUGGCAAGAAGGAGAUUACAGAACGGGGGGCCGGGGGGGAUCUGUGGCAUUUACGCACCUGCUACCCAACCUUGAACUUUAAUUUUUUUUUUUUUUGGUCAUCAGACUCUUUUUAUACACACGCUCUUGGCCCAAUAAUAUAUUGCACACACACAUUUAUUUACAGUAACAUCUUUUGUGCGGAAGUAAACGCAAUUGCUGACAUGUUAUACCCCACUUUUUUUUUUUUUUCUAAAUCUCAAUCAAUCAAUUACAUACAAGGUUUACCUUAUGAACAUUGACUUGUGGUCCGUCUUAAUGUGCGUUGAAGACGCUGGCCUGUUCCCACCAGAAUCUAGGAAAAACAAAAAAGUGCCAUCAGAAGAAAUACUUUAUGGAUUAUGAAUAAAGGAGGGCCUUGGUUCACAACUGUGCUAACCUCAAUUACCAUCCUACUUGGCAUUUUCCAUUUGUUUUAUAUUUAUUUGUCCUGUCAUGUCAUUAUCCAAGCCGCUGAUCCUCACAAGGGUUGCGGGAAAGCCGGAGCCUAUCCCAGCGAGCUUCGGGCGAAAGGCGGACUACACCCCGAACUGGGAUAUCGAUUCCACGCUGCCCACACAAAAGGCAGGCGCGUGUAACACUACAGCAUCAGUGACUCCUAUAUUUAAUUGCGUUUCAAACAAAUAUUGACUGUGGUACGUGGCCUCCCUCUAGUGGUACACGAAAGAAUCACCCAAUUAAAUUCACCAAGUGAUGAAAGCUUGUUGCAAUGCGUACAAGGAGUCUAAACUGUUUUCUUUUCAAUACAGUACAUAAAGUACAGUACAUUACGUCCAGUUCCGUUGUGUAUAACCUUGAAAUACAAUACAUUUGCAUUUAAUCUUGUAAAACUCAACAUUUAUGAACGUACAAUUUUUAUUGAACUUAUGUCAUGUGCAAUAC